UCAUUUUCAUUCGACACUUUACUUCGGCAUUGUCAGUACGUGUCAUUGACUUGCUUUCUCGCGUAAUUUCGGACUGUGUUUUAAUUAAUCCAUACAAUAUUAAAACUUCAUUGUUUCCAAUAAAACAAUUGUAAUAUUUUUUGUGAUAAUUUAAGGGCACAUUUAUCAAAUGGCUAGCGAAGGUUUCUUGAACAAAAUCCCUGGUUUUGCCACAUUAGCAAUUCAUGCAGGGCAGGAUCCUGAAAAAUGGAAUUCCGCUGCUGUAGUACCACCCAUAGUUACAUCUACAACAUUUAAGCAACCUGCACCUGCGGAACAUACUGGUUUUGAAUAUGGUAGAUCAGGGAAUCCUACAAGAAAUACACUAGAAGAAUGCUUAGCUGCGUUAGACAAAGGGAAACAUGCAUUAACUUUUGCAUCAGGUUUAGGAGCAACAACCACUAUUGCCUCUUUACUGAGCAGUGGGGACCAUAUUGUAUCCUGUGAUGAUGUGUAUGGAGGCACAAAUAGAUUGUUUAGACGCGUGUUGGACAGAUUAGGUCUGAAAACAACUUUUACUGAUUUCACAAAUCUAGAAUCUGUUAAAAAUGCUAUCAAAGAUAACACAAAGAUGAUUUGGAUAGAAACACCAACAAAUCCAUUGCUGAAAGUGAUAGACAUAGCCGCGGUGUCGGCGGUGGCCAAGGAGAAGGGCGACAUCAUAGUGGUGGUCGACAACACCUUCCUAACACCGUACCUGCAGCGGCCUCUCGACUUCGGCGCGGAUAUCGUCGUGUACUCACUCACAAAGUAUAUGAACGGACAUUCUGACGUCAUCAUGGGAGCAGCUGUUCUUAACGACGAUGCUUUGGAGGAGAGACUUAGAUUUUUGCAAAACGCUAUGGGCGUGGUACCAUCACCUACAGAUUGCUAUUUCGUGAAUAGGAGUCUAAAGACUUUAGCUCUUAGAAUGGAACAGCAUCAGAAGUCUUCCUACGUAAUAGCUAAAUGGCUUCAGAAUCAUCCUAAAGUUACUGAAGUAUUACAUCCAGGUCUGCCAACACAUCCACAGUACGCAAUAGCACAAAAACAGAUGACAGGACACUCGGGUGUGUUCAGUUUCAAGCAUGUAGGCGGACUACAGGAGUCCAGGAAGUUUUUGAGUUCGUUGAAAUUAUUCAUCUUGGCAGAAAGUCUCGGUGGAUAUGAGAGCUUAGCUGAAUUACCGUCCGUGAUGACGCACGCGUCGGUCCCGGAGGAGCAGCGCAACGAGCUCGGCAUCACGCACUCCCUCAUCAGGCUGUCAGUCGGCCUCGAGGACACGCACGAUCUGAUUAACGAUCUAGAUCAAGCUUUCAUAGCUGCCUUCUGAUUAGGAAAUUAAGUUUUUAAUAAAAUAACUGUAAUAGUAAUAUAAUUACUAAGCAUUAAAUGCAAAGACAUUGAAGAAAUAUAUAGACUAUACAUAGUGAACAUUUUUUUCACUGGUAACUUCUUUGUAAGGUCCUAUGUUAGUUGUCAAAUUACUAAUGUACUAUGCUUACUCUAUGUAUUUUUUGAAUCUCUUUGAUUGAGAAAUAACAAGAAAUCGUUAAUUAAAGGCCAAACUCAAUAAUCUAUCCUUAAAUUAAUCAUAGAUUAGUUUUUUUUAUUUAGAUGUCGAUCCUGAUUAAAAAUGACAAAUGACUUGCAAGUCUUAAUUAUUGUUACUUAAGAUAAGUCAGUGUAAAUCGUGAUUGAUUAUUGGGUUCUGGGCUUAAAAAUCACAAACCUACUGACACUGGGCAAAAUUCUGAAAAUGACACCUCAAGCUAUGAAAUUUCUUAGUUUAUUGAGGCUGUAGGGGGUCGCAAUAAAAUUGGGACAUUGAAGGUGUUUCCCGUUGGGCCGAUCGGCCAAAUAGCAUUUGUUUCCAAUCGAAUGCAUACAAUUAAUCGAUAUUCAUUGUGUGGAUUCGAUCGCCACAAUGGGAAAGAACUCAUUGGCUCGAUCCUUAAAAUGAUCGGCCCAACGGGAAACACCCUACAUUAUUUGCCCUCCUUAAUUACCUGUCAGUCGAGCAAAUAGACAAUUUUUUUCCUUUACUAUUAUAGUUCCUCAUUGUAUUUAUAUUUUUAUUAAGAUAACACUUUGCAUUUAUUACCUUUUUGAAUGUCUACAAUCAUAGUUUUUUAAACAAAUUGUUUCAAUUAAAUAUUUUUAAAUCUAUAUAAUGUACAGUAGUUUAAAGAAUCCGAGCACAUUUAUAUAUUGUUAUUAUUUACAACCAUUUUAAAUUAUAAUUAUUUAUUCUCUUAUUUACAAAUCAUCGUAUAACAAGUGUAUA